UCUUAUCUCCUCUCCAACAUCUACAUUGGGACGGUGAAACAUGUUUAGAGUAGAAUUUUAGACCUCUCUCAAUGGACAAACAAGCUGUGUUGUUGUUACAACAAUGGUUUAGUUCUCCUUCAAGCAGUAAACACACAGAUGGUCAUGUGAUAGGAGGGUCAUAUGGUUCUCAAUUAGCAGCAACAGACCGACUGAGAUUCUGCCAGGACCUGAAGGCAAAUUCUUCUUUCUUUCGCGUGAACGCUUGGAGCUGCAGGUCAGGACAGUGAGAGUCCAACCUCUCCAACUAGAAACCUCUCAACGUCCCUAAGGAUGCAGCGUUCCUUAUGAGCAACGAUAUAAAAAGCUGUACCUAUCGGGAUCGUCAGUAGGUAAAGCCUUCUCCUAGCACUCCAGAGGCCCAUCCAAUCUCUUCUCCUAGCACUCCAGAGGCCCAUCCAAUCUCUUCUCCUAGCACUCCAGAGGCCCAUCCAAUCUCUUCUCCUACCACUCCAGAGGCCCAUCCAAUCUCUUCUCCUAGCACUCCAGAGGCCCAUCCAAUCUCUUCUCCUAGCACUCCAGAGGCCCAUCCAAUCUCUUCUCCUAGAACUCCAGAGGUCCAUCCAAUCUCUUCUCCUACCACUCCAGAGGCCCAUCCAAUCUCUUCUCCUACCACUCCAGAGGCCCAUCCAAUCUCUUCUCCUACCAUUCCAGAGGGUCCAUCCCAUCACUUCUCCUACCACCCAUCUCAUCUACUGUCCAGACUUCCAGCAUCUAGUGUUGGGUUACCCGGUGCGCGACCCGACUUUGUCUCUGGAAUUAAAAGUGGGACUUUGCCAGACUUCCACCAGCCAAGGGUGGCCUGUCCAGCUCUACCUGUCCCAGACAGACAGUACCACCACCAACUGAACAUCUGUUGCUAAUCCCCAACCCAGUCCCAAGUUCCUCAGCCCAAUCCCACUGCAGGGGAGGAUGGGCGAUGGGCCUUUGAGUUUCCCUGGCCUCUCUCCUUCCGUCUCUCUCAUCCUCGCAUGGAGCCUCCGUCUGACACCUCCAGUUCCCCCUGGGACACCUCCAACUCCCUCUCCAGAUCUCCAGGGCCAUGGCUCCCAGCCCUCCCAGUCUCGCUGCACCCCAACGUGAGUUUUCCUGUGGGCAUCGGCACCAGCGGAGCCCCCCUGUCCCUGACCCACUCCCUGGCCCUGGUUGCCAUGCUCCUCAUGGACCUCCUGGCCGUCAUUGGCAACCUAGCUGUCAUGGCCGUCAUCACCAAGACGCUGCAGCUGAGGAAGUUCGCCUUCGUGUUCCAUCUGUGUCUGGUCGACCUACUGGCGGCUCUGGUUCUGAUGCCUCUGGGAAUGCUGUCAGACCGGAUCUUGGUGCAUGAUGAGGCACUCUGCCAGAGCUACCUCUGCCUGAGUGUAGGGCUGGUCAGUGCUGCCAUUUUGUCUAUCUCAGCCAUCAACGUGGAGAGGUAUUACUACAUCGUCCACCCGAUGCGCCAUGAGGUGAAAAUGACAGUAGGUGUGGUUGUGGCAGUGUUAGUCGGGAUCUGGGUCAAAGCUAUUGUGAUGUCAGCUCUGCCUCUACUGGGCUGGGUGCCCCAGGGAAACCAGGGGGUAGGUGUCAGACUUGGAAUAGGACUAGGGAGUCCCAUGAUCCCGGGUCCUCCAAGCCAGAGACGUUGCUCCCUACACUGGACUGGAGGAGGAGGGACCACACGAUUAAUCUUCAUGGUCUUCUUCACCUUUGUCUACUUCCUGUGUGCAGUACUGAUCAUCCUUAUUGUGUACUGUAACAUGUUUAAAGUAGCCCGGGUGGCAGCCAUGCAGCAUGGCCCCUUACCUACCGGGAUGGACACACCUGGUCCCCGCCCUCACCGCUCCGAGUCCCUCAGCAGCCAAUCCACCAUGGUUGUCAGCUUGGGGGGCCCUGGGGGCCCAUGUCCUCCACUCCGCACCCCCAGUCAGAGGACCUUCAACGGGGGUAAAGCCGCGGCAGUCCUGGUGGCGGUUGGAGGCCAGUUCCUAUGCUGCUGGCUGCCUUACUUCUCCUUCCACCUGUACACCGCCCUGGUCUCUACCCCCCAGGCCUACCUGGUCUCUACCCAGCUGGAAGAAGUCGUGACCUGGAUUGGUUACUUCUGCUUCACCUCCAACCCUUUCUUCUACGGCUGUCUGAAUCGGCAGAUCCGAACAGAGCUGGGCCGAAGCCUGGCCUGUCUCUUUAAGCGGGCGGGGCCGGGCGAUGGGGAUCAGCUGGCCAGCAGAGAGGCCUCCAUCGAGGAGAACUUCCUCCAGUUCCUUCAGGGGACAGGGUGCAAUCAGGAGCCCUCCACCCAGACACACAGCAGGGCUAGCAGGACCGAGGAGGAGGCGGGGGAGAGGGGCCCGCUUCGAGAUGUACCUCGUCAGGACAACACUCUGGUCCAAGAACACACGCCUGUUGACUUCCACAUCCCUGGACAGAUUAUCGAGAAGACCUCGGAGUUCUUGGAGCAGCAGGAUCUGAAUCUGAACGAUGACAUCAACCUAGCGGAAAACUGCUGCAGAGUAAACAGGACCGUGCUGGACAGUGCCUGAACUCUAGUAUUGGACGUUCAUUCGUACAGUAGGACUGUUUUUGGACCAGGCAUCAGAGGUAGAAACACUAAAGCCUUCGUCUGCAGGCCAAACAUCGGCGUAGAAGUCCUGUGGUGGAAACGGCAGGUAGAUGACCUGUUCUUUAGAACGUCUGAGGUAUUUCUAUUUGAUGCUGUUUGACGAUUUUGUUGUCCACCGUUGCUACAGUUGGAUUAUGGGACAUACAUGAUGUACCUAGUAAGUGAGACAUUGCUCUUAAGCUACAGUUACAGUGACCCUAUCAUAUAGACUUGGUAUCGUCUUAUGAAGAAUUCAGGUUAUUAUCAUUUGCAUUCUUUGGGACUGUCACUUGAAUCAGGGUCCCUCUAGGAGGUAUAAAUUCCAUUUGAAUUCCAGUAAAAUCAGGAAGUAAACUGAAAUUCCAAUUCCAAUUAUCCUCAAUGCUUAAAAAAAAGAAGAGGUUUACUUCCAAAAUAGACUGAAUUUAAAUGUAAUUGACCCUAACUCUGGUAUAACAACAUUGGUACCCAUUUACCAUUAAGACCAAAAUCCAUUACAUCAAAUACAUACAGACAGUCUAUCUACCUCCCUUGUUUCCUGUCAAUCUUCCCACUGAUUUAUAUUCUGGUCAAGGAGAGAACAUCUAUCAUACUACCACUUCGCAAUCUUUGUUUUAGUGUGGAUGAACACCCCCCCUCCCCCUCCCCGCACCAAGACAAUCAGUUAAACAAAUGUAAAACUCCAGUCCUAUAGACAUACAUACAGUAGCAGA